UUGGUAGAAGUCCAUCUGAAAUUGAAGUCUGCAAAGUUUUGUGUUUUAGUUUGUAAAAACCUACUGUUUACAGAGAAUUAUUGCGUUAAAAAUGACACAGAAUGUUCAAUGGUUUACUUGGAAAAGUUUCCACUCCCUCCAAUUUGUUGAAUUGGACAACUGCAAAGUGCAACUGUGAGUGUGACUUUACUGGAGGGGUCAGCCAUUGUAAAAGUUAACUGUAGACAUAGUUUGGUAGGCAACUGUUAGUGAGUCGCUGAAAGGACCCUUGAUUGCCGGUGAAAAUGGAAUUUGAAAUGCUUCAACACCCACUGUUACUGUUUCUUACUAUCGGAUCUGGUAUUAUAAUUACGAUGAUUAUAUUUUGUUUUCAACGGAAGGAGACACAAACAAAAUCUGAUAACAACAGUUUGUAUUAUGAUAAAUUCUCUAAAUGCACUUCACCUGGCUGUGUAAGAUGCAAUAACUAUGAACUAUUGAAAACUGAUCUGUCGGAAAGAUUUUUGGUGUAUGAGAAGGAGAUAAGCAAAGAUGGUGGUUGUAAAGGAAUGGAAUUAAAACGUGUACAAACUUCGAUUGAGAACAGCGCAGAGGUGGACCAAGAACCAAGUCGAUUGACCUCUUUACAGAAACCAAAUGUUUUUACACUCGAAGGACUGGAUGCCAGUCCAUGGUGUGAUGACAAAUUUUUAUCCGAAAUAUCAGCUUUGGAAGGUGCCGUUCAGAUUGUCAAACGGGAAUACGAAGAAAUGCUCAACGAACAAAACAUUGCGGAAGAUUUCCGAGGAUGGGUCGAGAAUGACGUACCAGACGGAAUGUGGAGCGUAUUUCAUUUGUUUAACCAGGGACGUAAGAUCGAGGAGAAUUGUGCAAGAUGCCCGAAGACAGUCGCAAUUCUUGAAGAGAUGGAAUCGUUCAUGAGUGGUUGUGUCUUUGGAAACGCAACUUUUUCCGUUCUGGAGGCAGGCACUCACAUCACAGAGCACUACGGACCGUGCAACUUAAGGAUCAGAUGUCAUCUUGGUCUUCAUAUUCCUCGAGAUUGCUGUACACUCACCGUAGCCCAUCAGAGAAGGCACUGGAGGGAAGGGAAAUGCCUCCUGUUCGACGACUCGUUCCUCCAUGAAGCGAGACACGCUGGAUCCCAAGCCCAAGGACCCCGGGUCGUGUUGCUGCUUGACUUCUGGCACCCAGAUAUCACAAGUACCGAGAGGGAUGCCUUGGGCCAUUUGUUCCAUUUGUAGGGACGGCGGAAAUUAACUGUGGAGCAGUUUUGGAUUUGUCAGACUGCAAACCCUCAAGCGUCUCCAACAAUGCACAGACACCCGGCUAAAUCUAACAAUCUCUGAAUCUAAAACAUUGUAAUCAAAUCAAAUUUCCUUGAUUUGUGUAACUAAUAAUCAUAGACUUUAAAGACACUGGACACUAUUGGUAAUUGUCAAAGACCAGUCUUCUCACUUGGUGUAUCUUAACAUAAGCA